GUGAAGUAUGGGCAAACUGACCCAAGUGCUGCCGAAUGUCCUUUGGUGGGUUAUGGUCAGUCAGGUGAGGACUGUCCAUAUUCGGUAAUAGUCAGCAUCCUCGGUACUUAUCUAGCACUAUUUGAUAUCUUCUCAAAGCUUCCCAAAUACCUUCCUUGA